AUGGCAUCUAACAGCUACAUAAUCGUCGGUGCCGGCGUCUUCGGCACAUCCACAGCACUACACCUCAUCACCAAAUUCCCCCACUCCUCCGUCACACUAAUCGACCGUGACGCCCCGGAUGCGCAAACCCGGGUCGCGGCAUCAUGGGAUUGGAAUAAAGUCGUGCGCGCUGAUUACCGGGAUCCAUUAUACUGCAAGCUUGCACUCGAGGCCCGCGAUGUAUGGCGCGAGGACCCGCUGUGGAGCCCGUUUUAUCAUGAGACGGGUGUGUAUUGGAUUAGUCGCACCGGCUUUGCGAAGGAGGUUAUAGAUAAUUAUGAGAGGUUGGGGAGGAAGACCGAGGGUGCGCUGUAUGCGCUGCCCGUUGAGGAGGCGAGGAAGAGGUAUGGGGGGAUUUUUGAGGAUGCGGAUUAUACGGGCGUGGAAAAUGUACUGGUUAAUACGACGAGUGGGUGGGCGGAUGCUAAGGGUGCUUUGAGAGCGGUCACGGAGAGGGCGGUGCAGUUGGGUGUGAAGUUUGUGAAAGCCGAGAUUGAUGGGCUGGAGUUCGGAACGGAGGGGGAGUGUGUUGGGGCGAGGACUAAGGAUGGGGAGAGGUAUACAGCUACGCAUACGAUUCUGUCAACUGGGUCUUUUACGCCCAAGUUGCUUGAAGGAGUGGCCAAUAGUACGGGGCGGGAUACGUUCCUUGCUGGAGGCAGGAUUAUCUCGGCAGGAGUAACAACGGGUUUGGCGCAGCUUGAUGAUGAGACGGCGAAAGAAUAUGCGCAAAUGCCGGUUUGCAUUCAGGAGAACCCUCCGGAGAGAGGUGCUGAUAACGGCAGUCUGCCGCUUACCGAAGACAAGAAGCUCAAAUGGUGGGGACAAUGCAUUUUCAAAAACACUCAGGCGAUGCCCUCAGGCCGUCAUAUCUCGGCACCUCCCGCGGGCGCAGAUUACUCGCAAUGGAAAAUCCCUGAAUUUCUUGUCGAGGACGUAGACCUCUCGAACAAAGCCAUAUUCGGGAAACGUGGAGAGGUGUGGAAGACAACAUCGCAUCGUGUAUGCUGGGAGGCCCUCACUCCAAGCAAAGACUUCAUUAUCUCGCCACAUUCAGCUUCCAGGGGAUUAUAUGUCGCCACUUGUGGUUCCUUCCACGGUUGGAAGUUCUUUCCCGCCAUCGGUAGCUAUGUAGUGCGCAUGCUUGAAGGGACACUGGAGCCGGAUCUGAUUAAGAGAUGGGCUUGGGAUCGAGAGUUACCCGAUGUAUCCGGGAACAAAGUCUGGCCAUUGAAAGAAUUGAGAGAACUAUAA